AUGCCAAUUUCAAAAGUGUCUCUGAUAAACCGUAGUUUCAGUUCAGUUGGAAGAAAAAUUCCAAAUCUUUCAAAAGUACCAUCCAAAUACAAAUCCAAGGCCAUUAAAGAAGCACAGCUAGCCGUCACCGAGUAUUUCCACUCCACACGCUCAAUACCUUACUCUUACGCAGAGCAUAUCAGCAACAACUCAUUCAUUUCCAUUUCUAAUCUCAUCGCCAAUGUCGACUGGAGCCACUCCAAUUUCUCAAGAUCCGUGCGUAAAUUUCUAAGUUACCACCCAAUUAAUGAAUUUCAAUUCUUUUAUGAGAGUAUUGGGAUUAAUUACAAUGAGGUCCCUCAUUUUUUGCCUAGAAAUAAGUUUUUCUUUUAUGAGGAUAGUACUGUUUUGAAUGCUGCCUGUGCACUUGCUGUGUUUGGGUUUCCUUGGAUAAAGUUGGGGACUUUGUAUAGAGAGGAUAGUUUUCUUUUUAGUAAAGAGCCUCAAGAAUUGAAGUGUAGGCUUGCUUGGUUUAAGGAACAUUAUGGGUUUAGUAAUACUUCUGUUAUUGGUAUUUGUUUGGCUUUUCCUUGUGUGUUGAGUGGUGAAUUGGGUGGUGAAAUUGAUGGCUUGUUUGCUGAUUUGAAGACGGUAUUUUUGGAUUUUCAUUUGGGCAGUUGUGUUGAAGGAAAUGUGGAUGCUUGGUUUGCUAUUUGUGUGAAAAUUAGGGUGUUUUAUGAUUUGGGUCUUAAGAAAGGCGAGGUUGGCAAUAUUUUAGGUAGGAGUAAAAAUGUAUUUGUUGAUUUUACGCUAGAGCAUUUGAUUGAAAAGAUUGAGUAUUUUUGUAGAUUUGGUGUGAGUAAGGAAGAUGUUGGUUUGUUGCUACUUGAAAAACCAGAAGUUUUGAGCUUUGAUUUGAAUACGCGUUUGAUCUCCGUCAAGGGAAUAUUGAAAUAUUUUGGCCUUAGUGAUGAAGGAUUUGAAAUUGUCUACGAUAAAUACUUUCAUGUAUUGGGUAGAAAUAAAAUGGCUAAUUUACCUCAUGUGAUGAGAGCUAUGGAUUUGCAAGUAUGGUUUUUUCAUAAAAUCAAGGAUGGAGAUCAUAAACUAUUAGAUAGUUAUACCAUGGAUGACCCUGAGGAAGAUUUUGAUAAGUCAUUUUCUGAUACUUUAGAGAUGAUUCGACUUUCAAGAACACCUAUUCAUACAAUGUCGAAGGUGAAUUUUGCGCAUGGGAUUGGAUUUGGAGAAAAUGCUUCAAAUGUUAAAGUGUUAGCUCUUUUGCAUGGUACCGGCAGUGAGUUACAGGAACGAUUUGAUUGUCUUCUUCAUUUAGGGAUUGAAUUCUCAAAGCUAUGUGUAAUGAUAAGAAAAAUGCCAAAGAUCUUAAGCCAAAAAUCAGAUAUACUGAAAAAGAAAGUGAACUUCCUCCGCCAAGAAAUGGGAUUUUCUUUGCAGGAACUGGAUAGUUUUCCUGCUUUUCUCUGUUAUAACUUGGAAAACCGGAUUAAACCGAGACAUAGAUUCCACGUGUGGCUUACAGAGAAGGGCCUGAGUGUACAAAAGUAUUCAAUUGCUAGUAUGGUUGCAACCAGUGAAAAGCAAUUUAUUGGCCGUAUAUACAGAAUUCACCCUAUGGCUGCAAAACAUUGGUUUGAGUGUUUCAUGCCCAAAACACCAGCUACUGAAUGA